AUGUUGUCACGCUACGUGGUAUCGCAAGUGAAACAUAACUCGUACUUCCUGGUGGGGUUGGGUAUCGGUCUGUGGCUCGCGCUGGCGACGGUGCCACUCGAGGAGGAUGUAGUGUCGUGCGAGGACUCCACGGCCGCGGCCCUGGACGAGUUCGAGCCGCAGCGUGAGGAGCGUCCCCCGGGCGCGGCGGGCCCCGCGGGACGCACCGUCACUAGACCACGAUACUACAGCACGGAACUGGGCAUGCGAGCCGCCCUGCUGGCAGGUGUCCUCAGUUCCGAGGCGGCCCUCGAGUCGCGCGCCGCCGCCCUCAACCAGACGGCCGCGGGUCUCCAGCCCGCCCUGCGCUUCUUCAUCACGGCCAGCGCCCUGCAAGGCGCGCCGGGCCGGGCCAACGUGGUGGGCUUCACGGACACGCGCGAGAUGCUGAAGCCGUUCCACGCGCUCAAGUACCUCGCGGACAACUUCCUCGAGGAGUACGACUUCUUCUUCCUGGUGUCGGACGCCACCUUCGUGAACGCUCGUCGUCUGAACCAGCUGGUGUCCAGCCUCAGCGUGAGUCAGGACGUGUACAUGGGAGCCGUCUCCGCCGACGACCCUCACUACUGCUCCCUGGAGGCCGGCCUGCUCCUGUCCAACUCGGUGCUGCGAGCCGUGCACGAGCAGCUGGACUGGUGCGUCCGGAACUCAUACUCACCGCACCACCACGAGAACCUCGGCCGCUGCGUGCUGCACGCGGCUGGCCUGCGCUGUGUGGCGGGGCUGCAGGCCGCCUCCUACGACACGGCGCCCCUCCCGCCCGCCGGCGCCCGCCUGCACCCCUCCCUGGCGGACGCGGUCACCCUCCACCCGGCGCUCACCCCCGACGACUUCUACCGCCUUCACGCCUACGUGUCCAGGGUGAACCUGGAGCGUGUCCGGGAGGAGGAGGCGCGGACCCGGCUGGAGGCGGCGCUCAGCUCGCGGCACCACCCGCCCGGCUACAGGAACGUGUCGUGGCCGAGCGCGCUCCGAGCGGACGCAGGCCUGGCGCCCCCACCCCCGCCCACAAGGUGCCCGGCCCCGCCGCCCUCACCCGCGCCCCCGCCCCCUCACCCCGCGUCACUAACAACACUACGUCGUGUUUCCAGGUUCGACCUGCUCCGCUGGACGCGCUUCAACCUCACACACGCCCUCCAAUUCGACGACCACCGCGCCGUCUCCAAGCUGAGCGCGUCCUACAAGCAGGCCGUGGACCUGAUCGUGGAGGAGGUGCGGGCGUGGGUGGGCCGGAGGUGGGGCGGCGGCGCGGAGGGAGGGGCAGCGUCCGUGGAGCUGGAGGAGGGCGCCUGGUGCUGGGAGCCGCCCCGCGCGCUGCGGUACCGGCUGUUGUUGAGGGUGACGGGUGAAGGGGGCGGGCGGCUGGUGCAGGUGGAGGCGGCGCGCGCGCUGGGAGCGGCCCGCCUCGCGCCCGCCCCCUACGUGACGGAGAGCGCGCGCGUGCACGUCGUGCUGGCCGCGCCCGACCAGCGGACACAGCUGGCCGCCUUCCUGGAGCGGUACGAGGCGGUGUGUCUGCAGAGGGACGGGAACACGGCGCUGUACGUGGUGGUGAUACCUGCCAGUGACGGAGGACGGCUGACGGAGGACGAGCGAGCUCACGUGGAGGAGCUGAGGGAGAUGCUGAGGACGGUCGGGGAGAAGCACCGCGCCCGACAACACGUGGACGUGCUCGUGUCCGGUAUAGGGCGGGGCGAGGGGCAGGGGGGAGGGCUGUGCGGGGCCGGGGAGAGGGCGCGGCGGGACGUGCGGCUCGCGCUCAGGGCGGCGCUGGGGAGGGCCCCGAAGGACGCGCUGCUGCUGGUGGGCGAGCACAGCAUGGAGUUCACCGAGGACUUCCUCAACAGGGUCCGCAUGAACACGGUGGCGGGGUCCCAGUGGUUCAGCCCGCUGCCGUUCGGCCGCUUCUCCCAGUACGCGCACCCGCUGUUCGUGGAGGCGGACGGGUCGCGGCCGUCGCUGCACACGGGCCGCUUCACUCACAGCGAGCUGCUCUCCGUCUACAACACAGACUACACGGAAGCUCUCCGUGUCUGGCUGGAGGCGGGCGGGUCCGAGGAGGCGUCUCCCUCAGAGGUCCUCGCGGCUAGCCCCCUGCGCGUGCUCCGCGCCCCGGAGCCGGCGCUGCUCCUCCCCCCGCGGCCCCGCCCCUGCAGCCCCGCCCCCUCCCCCUCCGAGGAGAGGGCGUGUCUGGUCCGAGAGCGGGAGCGCGGCUUCUCCGACCUGCUGCUGGGCGCGCGUCAGUCGCUCGCCAAGUUGUUGCUGCAGACUCAGGCGGAGCUCCAGUGA